CUUCCCUUUAAGCUUUCCGUUCAUUCGGUUACACUUUCGAUUCUUCCCUUUAACUACCACCCACGAUGACUAUCGAUACCAACGAGAAAAGCUACAUCUUGGACGCGAGGAACAGCUACGAGGAUGGUGGCAGUCUUGGCUCAGAAGAGUCUUACGAUGAUAUGAGACAAUUAGUCGGGGAGAAGGAGGAAGAAUCCGGAAAAUUCAAUAGUCUACCUCUGGCUAGUUUUAACUUCAUCAAUUCCAUUAUUGGCAGUGGUGUCAUUGGCAUACCCUAUGCCCUUCAUCAAGCUGGAUUCGGCCUUGGGAUAGCAUUACUGAUAUUAGUAGCUGGUCUCACUGAUUACUCUUUAAUUUUAAUGGUCAGAAGUGGCCAUAUUUGCGGAGAGAUGAGUUACCAGGGUUUAAUGAGAGCCAGUUUUGGCCGUACCGGAUUUUACAUUCUCACCACUUUGCAGUUUAUUUACCCAUUCAUAGCGAUGGUCUCUUAUAACGUUGUUGUCGGCGACACAGUGACGAAAGUACUAAUAAGGGUAACAGGGAUGAGCGAGACGAGCAUCUUCGCUCACCGUCAAGUGGUAAUUUUCUUCGCGACAGUCUGUAUUACAAUACCACUGUGUCUUUACAGAAACGUUGCUCGUUUGGCCAAGAUCUCUUUCCUUUCGUUGGUCUGUGUCGGUUUCAUACUCUUGGCCAUCUUGAUUCGGAUGGGUACGAUGUCCGCAAUUGUGCCAAGCCAGGAAGAUAGUUGGCGGUUCGCAAACUUCCCCGGCAUAAUACCCUCCGUUGGAAUUAUGGCAUUCGCCUUUAUGUGCCAUCAUAAUACGUUCCUUAUCUACGAAUCCAUAGAGAGAGCCACGCAACAAAAGUGGGACGUCGUCACUCAUUGGUCACUUUUCACUUCGUUUUUGAUCGCGACAGCCUUUGGGAUAAUCGGAUACGCCACUUUUACCGCGUACGUUCAAGGUGAUCUUAUGGAGAAUUAUUGCUGGGACGAUGAUCUGAUGAACUUCGCAAGAGUCAUGUUCAGCGGAACCAUUCUCUUGACCUUUCCCAUCGAGUGCUUCGUUACAAGGGAGGUGAUCCUAACAGCGAUUAAAGGGACGGACGAAGUGGAGGAUCACACAGCAUAUGUUCCUAAUUCCGACAGGAAGUACCUGAUCAUUACACUGACGAUAGUAAUUGUGGCAUACCUGAUCUCGAUGUCUACGGAUUGCCUCGGAUUGGUCCUUGAAUUGAACGGUAUCCUAGCUGCUGUACCUUUAGCCUACGUUCUUCCUGGCCUCUGCUACCUCAAACUCGAAGAGGGACCAGUUCUCUCGCCCAAGAAGCUUCCCGCGCUAGGUCUGAUGACCGCGGGCGUAUUCGCUGCUGUUUCCGGGCUGCUAUUGUUGAUCUUGAACUGCGACACAUCCAGUUCCUGUGUGCACGGAAAGGAGGGGAGUUGAAGUCGUAGUUUGAUUUCCAAAUGCAUUAAAAUGGAAGUAUCGAAAAAUGAUCAGUUAGCUGAUACGUAUGAGAAGAUCUAUGGAGACGAAUGUCGGAUUUGUUUGAAAAGGGCUGUUGAAAUUUGUGAACUAUUUCGAAAUGGGGACGCUAUACCUCGUAAACUUAUGGCCGUUGCUUCCGUACAGGUUAAAGAAGGAGAUGGUUUACCCCCAGUGAUUUGUUUGCCUUGUAAUCAACGAUUGGAUGCAUCCUAUGAUUUUAAAUGUCAAAUACAAAGUUCGAAUGAAAAACUCCAUCAGCUUCUCAAAUUCAAGUCUUCUUCUCAUGAUUCUGUUAGCAGCGCCAGCAUAGUCACAGCAAUAAUUGCUGAUGUGAUAUCUAGUGUAAUAUCUUCUGAGAAGGAAAACAAUGAAAGGCAAGAAGUUUGUUCUACAAAUUUCUGUCCUGAUAAUUUUUGUUUUCCAAAAGAUGAAACCUCUUUUUGCUUGAAUUCAGAAAGAAACUUGUUUUGUUACGAAAGAGAAUCCCAGAGUCAAUUAAGUAACAUAGAACAAAAACAACACACAGAAAGUGUUAAUGUUUAUAAGAAUCUAUUAGAAGAUUCUUCAAUUAAUCAAAUUAAUUCAAUUAAAGAAGAAGAAUUAUCUCUGUUUCAAGAACACGUGGAACAAAAUAAAAAUACUCCAUUUAACAGUGAUGUAAAAAGUGUUGAAGCGUCAGAUCGUCAACAGACAGAAGACACAUCAAGAACAGAUGGUAUACAAGACGAUGAAGAAAAACCUCUUAUAUCACGCACAAUUAGAUUACGUUGUUCACAGUGUAUUAAAUCCUUCCGUACAAAGGUGGCACUACAGAGGCACGCUAUCAUACAUAAACGCAAGACUAAAAUACGAUAUGUGUGUUAUGUUUGUGACAAACAGUAUUCAACUCUGGCAAAAAUGAAAAAUCAUGUUAAGAUUUAUCACGAGAUACAUGAUAGGAAGGAAAAUAUACAAGAUAAGAGAGUCAGUUAUGAACAAGAGAAAGAUAUUGCAAACAUAAAAGAUAAAAGAAUUAAUAACGUUCAAGAUAAAAAAAUAAAAAUGCAGAAAAACGACGGCUCUUUAAAGGAACAGCGAAAAAGUUUCAAAUUUAUUUGUAAAGUCUGUUCAAAGCAAUUUACUUAUCAGAAGUCUUUUGUAACACACGCUAAAAGUCACGCGGAAUAUAAAAAAGAAGUGGAUGAUCCUUAUCAGUGCCCAGUGAAAGAAAAGUCAGUAGAAACUGCAGAAGAAGAAGAAGAAAAUGAAGAGGAAGAAGACGACGAAGAGGAUGACGAGGAUGAAAACCUUCCUGCUGAAAGUCUACAGUGUACUCAAUGUGGAAAAUUAUUUGCUACAAAGAGAAAUCUUAAGAGGCAUCUUUCCACACACAGUGGAUUAAAAUAUACUUGUGAGACUUGUGGUAAAGGAUUUUCGAGAGUAGAUAAAUUGAAAGAUCAUGAACAAUCGAAACAUAAAGUUGAAUUAUUUGCUAUCUCCGAUUUGGACGAUAGAGACGAUAUGGAUAUGGAUAGUAUAAACAGGGGAGACUGUAUAGAAGAAAGGAAAAAAGAUCGUCACAAUAGACCACACAAAUGUACAAUUUGCCCUAAAUCCUUUGCGCAGGCACAGUCCUUAGCAAAUCACAUAGAACGUCACAAACGUGUUAAAGAAACUCAAAAGAGGUUCCUUUGUGAGGUUUGCAGCAAGUGUUUUGCGCAGAGCGGUUCUCUUGUUGCGCAUAUGCGUACACAUACGGGUGUAAAACCGUAUGUUUGUAAUGUGUGCAGUAGGGCGUUUACAAAGAGCACUUAUUUACAAUUGCACCUACGCACGCAUAGUGGAGAAAAACCUUAUAUUUGUCAGUAUUGUAGUAGAGCUUUCGCUCGUGCAAAUACAUUGGCGCGACAUAUAACGAUGCAUACAGGGGAAGCAAAAUAUCAUUGUCAAAUUUGUACAAAGUCGUUUAGAAGACUGACCUCGUUGAAUGAACAUACAUACACGCACACUGGACAAAGACCGUAUGCGUGCAAAAUUUGUACGAAGAGAUAUAACAAUGCUGGAUCACUUUAUGCACACAGAAAGAAGUGCAAGGCGCAGCAAAUAACUAAUACUGGAUUUGCGGUUUCCGUGGAAAACUCUGUACAGCAACAGGAUGUAAAUCUUUCACAAGUUUUGAUUUAUUCUCAAAGAAAAUUAGUGGAGAACACAACUGUUGGACAAGUUCCACCUACACCGCAAUACAUGAUUGCAAAUGUGCACAAUCAGAAGAGUUUGGGGUCAAAUAUUAUUCAACCGUUUACGGUGGAAGACCCAAAUGUUUAUACAAUUAAUUCAAAGCAAUUUAAGAACCCCUAUUAUACAAUCUAUCCAAAUAUGUAAGAUAAUAACGUCUGCGGGAGAUUGAAUAAGAAUGUCUUUUUUAGAACUAUUGGUGUGUUCUUUUUUACUUUCUCUUAAAGAGUGAUAAGUAC